UUUUCAGAGGCAGGCACAACUUCUCAAAGUCACAACAACAAAGGCAAAGGGACGACAGAAUCCAGUUUGAGCUUGAACUUGAAGACAAAACACAUGCAUCUAUCUGCUCAUUACUCAUGGGAUUGAUGUUUUGUAACUGUUGAUUUUGGCUACAGAAAAAAGGAAAAUUCUGCAAACUCCUUUGGACAGCAUUUUCUCCUCAUUACUGAGCCAUGGGAAACACAAUGAAGACAUAACACAGGUGUACAACAACUAUCCAGAGGAUUUAGGGGCAGCUCUAUACCGAGAGCCAUUUGACUUCAACGCCGAGCCACCUUGGGAUCCUAGCUGAUAGUGGACAAGUUCAUCCCAGGACUUAUCCAUUUUGUUGCAAAAGUCUAGGACCCCAGGGGCUCGAGAGCAAACAAGCAAGACCACUACAGAUUAGCCACAUUCUUUAUGCCUGUCGGAUUAGAGGAAAACGGUUGAGAGGAUGAAGGGAAUCGCUGAUGAACCACAGUAUUCUGUUGGCCUAUUGGAGGGAGGCACAGCACUUUGUGAUGUAAUUGACAACCACAUUUAUGAACAAACUCUGUCUGAGAAGAAUGCAUUCUUUGUGGCAGACCUGGGAGUCAUUAUGAGGCAGCAUGUUCGCUGGCGAACACACAUGGCUCACAUUCGACCCUACUAUACUGUCAGAUGCAACAGCAGUCCAGCUGUUAUUGAAGUUCUUGCUGCUCUUGGCACUGGAUUCAUAUGCACCAACAAGUCUGAGCUUGAACUGGUGCAGAGCCAUGGUAUUCCCUCUGAAGAUAUCAUCUACGGUGGUGUUUGCAAACAAGUCUCUCAGAUUAAAUAUGCUGCUAAGAACGGCAUUGACCUUCUGGUGUGUGAUAAUGAAGCGGAGCUACGCAAGAUUUCUCGCUGCCACCCCAAUGCCAAGCUGCUGCUGCAGGUGUCAACAGAGGCAUCUAGCCCAGAUGAUGAGAUAAGCAUGACAUUUGGAUGUUCCCUUAAGGACUGCAGGCAUCUGUUGGAGAGUGCUAAGGAACUGGGUGUGCAGGUAGUAGGGGUCAGGUGUCACAUUUCCAGCUCCUGUGAAGAUGACCAGGUGUAUGUUCAUGCCAUCUCUGAUGCCCGCUGUGUCUUUGAUAUGGCAGAGGAAAUUGGCUUCAACAUGAAAAUCCUGGACAUUGGAGGCGGCUUCAGUGGCUCUGAGACCCAGCUGGAACUUAUUAAUAGUGCAGUCAUGUCUAUGAUGGACCUAUACUUCCCUCUUUCUACUGGGGUUUCCAUCAUUGCGGAACCUGGCAGCUUCUUUGUGUCCUCUGCUUUCACCCUGGCUGUUAACGUCAUUUCCAAGGAGGUGGUGGCACGAGAUCACCAGGACCAGGCACAUGAUGAUCCAUCUCCCAAUGAUGAGCCAGAGUUUCAGUACUACAUGAAUGAGGGAGUGUAUGGAUCAUUUGCCAGCAAACUCUCUGAAACACUGAUUGCUGCUCCAUCUGUUCACAAGAACACAUCCCAGGAUGCUCCAGUGUUCAGCAGCAGCCUGUGUCCCUCUGGGGAUGACCUGGACCAGGUAGUGGAGCACUGUUUGUUACCUGAGCUCAACAUUGGAGACUGGCUCAUGUUCACCCAUGCUGGGGCCUACAGUCUGGGUCAGCCACUCUCCACCACCACUGACUCAUCCCCACCCCCUGUGUACUAUGUCAUCUCCUCUAGAGACUGGUAAG